AUUCCAGGUCCACAAAUAGUCUCCACUACUUCGUGUCUGCUUCUUUCCAGGUCUCUCUGGCUGUCUGCGGCGACUAGACUACACAUUCGCUCAGCAGAGGUGGAGAGUUGCUGUUCGGUGUUCUUCAGGAUGCUCUUCUUCAGCUCCUGCUCUUGAUUGACCCAAGCCAGCCGUCCGUGUGUGUGUCGAUCCAGAGCAAGGGGAGGGAACCAAAACAUGUCCAGCGUUUGCUCAUCCAGUGGUCCUCUGAAAACAACUAGUAGGAUUUUUGGUCAUUCUGAUGUGAAUUUAUGAUGUGCAGAACUGGAUCUGUUCUUCACUAGUUCACCUUGGGUUACUGUUGCAAAGGACUCUGCAGAUUGGAUUUGAAGGAGCUGUUAUUCAAGAAUUUCACGUCAAGGACAGUGCUAUAGCCGUGCAAAGACAAAAAAAAAUCGAGAUAUGGAGGCCGCUGCUGGGGCGUUGAGCCCUGUCCUCCGUAAGCUCGGUGAGCUGCUCGCUGGAGAAUACAACCUGGCGAAGCGAGUAAAGAAAGGUGUACAAUCACUUCGUACAGAACUGGAGAUGAUGCACGCCGUACUUCGUGAGGUUGGCAAGGUGCCGCCGGAUCAGCUCCAGGAGCCGGUCCGGAUUUGGGCUGGCAAGGUGAGAGACCUCUCUUGCGACAUGGAAGACGCUGUUGACGACUUUCUGGUGCGUGUGGAUGAGGGUCCAUGCAGCAAGCCAACGAACAUGAGGAAUAGUGUCAAUAAGUUCCUCAAGAAGACCACCAAAUUGUUUGGUAAUGGCAAAGCACUUCAUCAAAUCUCUAGUGCCAUCAAAGAAGCUCAGGACCUUGCCACGGAGUUGGUGGGGCUGCGUAAAAAGUAUGAGCUUGACAUGUUUAGCUCUACCAAGGGUGCUACCAUUGACCCUCGUGUGUUGGCUCUGCAAAAAGAUGUAGGGGAGCUUGUUGGACUUGACCGCACAAGGGAUGAACUUAUUAAAACACUGAUUUGUGAGGACGGGAGUUCCAAGGAGCACUUGAAGACAAUCUCUAUUGUUGGUGUUGGUGGCCUAGGCAAGACAACCCUCACCAAAGCAGUUUUCGAGAAGAUCAAAGCCCAAUUUGAUUGUGCAGCUUUUGUCCCGGUGGGUCAAAACCCAGAUAUCAGGAAAAUUUUCAAAGACCUACUCUAUGGCCUCGACAAAAAGAAGUUCAAAGACAUUCAUAAUACAACAAGGGAUGAGAAAAUACUCAUGGAGGAAAUCAGUGAAUUCCUUGUGGAUAAGAGGUACCUCAUUGUAAUUGAUGACAUAUGGGAAGAAGAAACAUGGAGAUUUAUAAAUUGCGCUUUGUGGAAAAACAAACUCCAUAGUCGGGUAAUCACAACAACCCGCAAUGUGAGUGUGUCUGAAGCAUGUCUCUCUUCCAGUGAUGACAUGAUUCACAAAAUGAAACCUCUUUCUGAUGAAGACUCGCGGAUACUCUUCCAUAGAAGAGUAUUUCAAAGCGAGGAGAAAUGUCCCGAAGAUUUGCGGGUAGUAUCGACAGAUAUAUUGAAGAAAUGUGGUGGUGUACCAUUAGCCAUCAUUACAAUAGCUAGCCUUCUAGUCAGUAACCAAAGGAUAAAGCAGAAAGAAGAAUGGAUGCAUGUGCACAGUUCGAUGGGCCGUGGAGUUACAGAAGGUGGUAUUGUGAAGGACAUGAAGAGGAUAUUAUCACUCAGCUAUUAUGAUUUGCCUUCGCAUCUGAAGGCUUGUUUGUUAUACCUAAGCAUCUUUCCUGAAGACUUUGAGAUUAACAGAGAUUGGCUGAUAUGGAGGUGGCUUGCUGAAGGGUUUAUCCAAUGUGACAAAGAUGAAACCAGGCUGUUUGAGAUCGGAAAGAGCUACUUCAACGAGCUUAUGAACAGGAGCUUGAUCCAGCCAGCGGAAACCAAUUAUAACGGAACAGUAGUAACUUGCCGUAUACAUGAUAUGGUGCUUGACCUUAUAUGCUCGCUGUCAAGUGAGGAUAAUUUUAUCUCCAUAUUGGAUAAUGCGGAGUGGAAUGCACCUAAUCCGCAAAGAAAAUUUCGCAGGUUAUCACUUCAUAAUAUCAAGGCAAAGGUUCAGAACCAUCAGAUUGACAGCACUAGCCUGUCAAAAGUGAGGACCUUUGCUGUUUUUUCUCCUGUUACUUGUGAUUGGUUGCCAUCUCUCUCAAGCUUCCAAUUUUUACGUGUGCUGGAUCUUGGAAAUUGUGGCAGCCAUGAAAGUAGCUCUUGUAUCAGGCUCAAGUAUGUAGGGAAUUUAAUUCACCUAAGGUACCUUGGGCUAAGGAAUGCAGAUGUUGAUGAACUCCCAACGGACAUAGGCAAAUUGCAGCUUUUGCAGACACUGGAUGUAAGAGGCAAUAGUAUAAAAGAAUUACCUUCGAGUGUUGUACAGCUCACAAAUUUGAUAUGCCUAUGUGUCGACAAGGACUUGAUGCUGCCAAAAGAAAUGGGGAAGUUGAAGUCCCUCGAAGUACUGAAUGAAGUAGGCUUAUCCUCAUCUCCUCACAUUGUGAAAGAGCUGAGCCAUCUGACAGAGGUUAGGACACUCUGUGUUGAAUGUGUUAACAUGGACGAGGAUCUGAUUGAUAUAUUAAUCAAGUCUCUAGGCAACCUGCACAAAUUGCAAAUUCUGCGUAUUCAUAGUAGCGACAGAUUGCUAGAUCGCAUGUGUGAAAGCUGGGUGCCCCCUCCAAACCUCCGUAGUUUUGAUUCAUGGUAUUUUGGUUCGUGGUUCUUGAGACUUCCAAAGUGGGUUAAUUCGAGUUCGCUUCCCCACCUCUCCACCCUGGAAAUAGAUGUGGAAGAACUGCAAGGGGAUGACAUUCAGAUCAUUGGGAUGAUGCCUGCUCUUCGGUUUCUGGGGCUGCGUGCAAGACGCGUGAUGGGAAGGUUGGUUGUGAGGACCGAUGCAUUCCCAUCUGCGAGAGGCUGCAUGUUCAGAUGGUUUCCGACGCCGCCGUGUCUUUUUCCACCUGGAGCUAUGCCAAGGGUUCAACACCUUGAGUUCCAGGUCUCUGCAAGGUCGAUCACGAGUGGUGAGGUUGACUGCAGCAUGGGGCACCUCCCUUCUCUCGAGCAUGUCGUGGUUUGUCUGGAGCAUAAGAAUUCCAGCGAUGAAGAGAUGAAGACAGCCAAGGCUUGGCUGAGGCGCGCAGCAGAAGCCCAUCCAAAAUGUCCGACCAUUCAAAUCUAUGAUCACUGACGUGCCUCUGCCGCCGGUAAGGGCUUCAACAAAAUCCUGGAUAUGCAGGUACUAGUAAUUCCAUCAGUUGCCGUGGAUGCUGUUCCAACAUUUCAACACGCAACAAACAAUUCACUGUACCGCCACAACUCCCAAUAAACGACAGAGGCUUCCGCAUGAUUGUUCAUGAUGAACUAUUUAUUUCUCCUGCGUUUGUUUUCAGAAACGCAGCACCUCCUUUCCUUUAUUAUUCAGUCAAGACUCGUACAAUAAAAGGCUACAUUCAGUUGGCACUAUUUGUAGAACUACUGCCUCUACGUGCAUUUGAUUGUUCACAUACAGCAUCGUUUUGUUUUUACUGGCUUAUUAAUUAAGAGUUGAUUGAACUUAGUCAGCCUUGUUUUGCUUUGUUUGGCACUUGCUUAUUCAGUCAAUGAAAGGCAGUUGCUCCA